AUGUUGAAGCUUCUGCUUAUCCAACAUAGAUCAUCGCCUCACAUCUACAAGUUCCAUUUUUUCACAUUUAGAUCGUUAUCUCAAUCUUCUUCUCCCCCAAAUUCAGCACCUUCGUUGCCCUCUCUCUCGUCUUCUCCGUCUUCGAGUCUGGCCGAAGCAAUACUAAAAUGCAGAUCCGCGGAAGAAGCGCUCAGGCUGUUCGAAACGUCUCCGAGACUGGAGACCUCCAAGACCAAGGAUCUCCGAUCUUUCUCGGCGGUAAUUCACGUUCUAACCGGAGCCCAGAAUUAUUCGCUCGCCAGGUGUUUGAUAAAAAGCCUCAUAGGAGGUCUCAGGCGCCACAGUAAGCGUACCUACAUUUCUAAUAGAGUUUUCAAUGCUCUCGAGGAUAUUCGGAGUCCGAAAUUUAGUUUCGGAGUGUUUAGUCUACUGAUUAUGGAGCUUCUGGAGAUGGGUUUGUUCGAAGAAGCUCUUUGGGUGAGUCGAGAGAUGAGAUGUUCGCCGGAUUCGAAAGCUUGUCUUGCGAUUCUGAAUGGUUUGGUUAGAAGGAGAAGGUUUGAUUCAGUCUGGGAUGAUUACCAACUUAUGAUCUCCCGUGGGUUGGUCUCUGAUGUCUACAUUUACUCAGUUUUGUUCCAGUGCUGUUUCAAACAAGGUUUCUCUUCCAAGAAAGAGAUUCUUCUUGAUGAAAUGGCAUCUUCAGGGAUCAAGCCGAACGUUUAUAUCUACACCAUAUAUAUCCGUGAUCUGUGUAGGGAAAAUAAGAUGGAGGAAGCGGAGAGAAUGUUCGAGUUGAUGAAGAAACAUGGUGUUGUUCCAAAUUUGUAUACUUACAGUGCAAUAAUUGAUGGUUUCUGCAAGGCCGGUCAUCUGAGACAAGCCUAUACAUUGUAUAAGGGGAUUCUGGUUGCUGAGUUGCUGCCAAAUGUUGUUAUCUUCGGCACGUUGGUUGAUGGUUUUUGCAAAGCUCGCGAAUUGGUAGCUGCGAGGAGCCUUUUCGUGCAUAUGGUGAAGUUUGGGGUUGAUCCUAAUUUAUAUGUGUAUAACUGUCUAAUUCAUGGACAGUGCAGAUCAGGGAACGUGUUGGAAGCGACGGGGUUGUGUUCCGAGAUGGAAAGUUUGAAUCUUUCGCCUGAUGUAUUCACUUAUACGAUACUUAUCAACGGGCUCUGUACUGAAGAUCGGCUAACAGAAGCAAAUAGAUUGUUUGAGAAGAUGAAGAACGAGAGAAUUUUCCCGAGCUCUGCGACUUACAACUCGCUGAUUCAUGGGUAUUGUAAAGAAUACAAUAUGGAGGGAGCUCUGGAUUUAUGCUCAGAGAUGACAGCAAGUGGCGUAGAACCCAACAUCGUAACCUUUUCUACUUUGAUCGACGGUCACUGCAAAGUGAGAAACAUAAAAGCUGCAAUGGGAUUGUACUCUGAGAUGACCAUCAAAGGCAUAGCUCCUGAUGUUGUGACGUACACAGCUUUGAUCGAUGCGCAUUUCAAGGAGGCCAACAUGAAAGAAGCACUCAGGCUGUACAGUGACAUGCUUGAGGCUGGAAUCCACCCCAAUGAUCACACAUUCGCUUGCAUAGUAGAUGGAUUCUGGAAAGAAGGGCGAAUCUCUGAUGCCAUCGGUUUUUAUCUGGAAAAUGAACGAGAUGCGACCGGUAAAUCCACUGGUCAGAGUAGCUGCUGGAAUCAUGUGGGUUUUACAUGCUUGAUUCAAGGGCUAUGUCAGAACGGCUACAUUCUUAGAGCUACCAGGUUCUUCUCAGACAUGAGAUCUGGCGGGAUAACCCCGGACUUGAGGAGUUACGUUUCAAUGUUAAAAGGGCAUCUUCAAGAAAAGCGUAUUACUGACGCAAUGAUGUUGCACUGUGACAUGAUCAAAACUGGAAUCUUGCCAAACAUUACGGUGGAUGAAUUGCUAGCCAGACUUUACCAAGAGAAGGGAUAUCUGAGAUCAGCUUGUUUCUUGACCAAUUCGAGUCGUUUAGGAACUAUCAGCUAA